GGGUGACUGUAAAUUGCAGGGCUUUGCAGCGUGGAAGAUAGCCGUUUAAACCCCUCCGGCCAUAGUGAACUCCGACCACCGCAUUCGUCGGGACUCUAAGCGUUUCCAUGGAUAUCCGUCACUGUACAAGCUCACUUCACUCAUCCCCAACCACCAAUCUCAUCACCAGAAGACGACCUCACUCCAAUCUCGGCUUCCAUAGCCUUCAUCUCUCCAACCGAAGACGGAACCUCUUGCUCUCCCGCCGGAAGAAUGCUGUGUUCGUGGCUUCUUUCUCGUCCCCUUCGAAUGGGUCCCAAGGGUUUUCUUGGCUCCACCUUUCCCAGUCCGUCCGCAGCGGUUCCCAACGUUUCCUUGAGGCAUUGGGCGAUUCUGUGAAGAAAGAGACUGGAUUCGAGUUCGAAGGUGCGAAAGCUCGAGUCUUUAAAUUUACAAACGGAGCUCGAGCUAGGCUUGACAUGGUUAAGUCCGAGUUGCUACCCGAGUUUAUUGAGUGGCACAGAUGGGAGCUUUGGAAGGAUAUUAAGAAUUGGGAACUGAAAAGAGUUGCCAUUUUGCUAGUAUAUGGUGUCAUUACAGUCUUAUCAUUUCAAAGAUUUGUGAUGGCCGUUCGUGCUCCAAUAAUUGACAGAGAAAGAAAGAAAUUGACUGAGGCAUAUAUGGAGGCAUUAAUUCCUGAACCCACUCCUGCUAAUAUCAAAAGAUUUAAGAAAGGUUUGUGGAGAAAAAGUAUCCCAAAAGGUCUAAAGUUAAAAAAAUUCUUCGAAGGACCAGAUGGAAGUUUAAUUCAUGAUAGUUCAUAUGCUGGGGAACAUGCAUGGGAAGAUGAUUCUGGUGGUCCUGAAGAAGCUAGAAAGGCUCUGAAAGAAGAUCUAAGAAUAUCAGAUGAGUCUCAAGAGACUGCAGGAAAUUGGCGUGAAAGGCUUCAAGCAUGGAAUGACAUUCUUAGAAGGGAGAAGUUGGGCAAUCAACUAGACUCAUUAGGCGCUAAGUAUGCUGUUGAAUUUGACAUGAAGGAGGUUGAAAACAGUCUUCGCAAGGAUGUGGUUGAGAAAACGAGUGAAACUCAAGGAACAAGGGCACUAUGGAUAUCAAAAAGAUGGUGGCACUAUCGCCCAAAACUUCCAUAUCUUUAUUUUCUUCAAAAACUGGACUCGUCCGAGGUCGCUGCCGUUGUAUUCACAGAGGAUAUGAAGAGGGUAUACGUGACAAUGAAAGACGGAUUCCCACUGGAAUACAUUGUUGAUAUUCCAUUAGAUCCUUUUAUGUUUGAGAUGAUAACUAGUUCUGGAGCUGAAGUGGAUCUUCUGCAAAAAAAGAAGAUCCAUUACUUUCUGAAGGCGUUAUGUGCUCUACUGCCUGGAAUACUGGUUUUGUGGUUCAUUAGGGAAACUGUGACGCUCCUAUCUAUUGCUGCAGAACGUCUCCUCUAUAAAAGUUAUAAUCAGUUUAUGGACAUGGCUUAUGCUGAAAAUGUUAUUCUGCCAAUGGGAGAGGUUGAAGAAACAAAAUCUGUGUAUAAAGAAGUAGUAUUGGGAGGAGAUGUUUGGGACCUUUUAGAUGAGUUGAUGAUUUACAUGAGAAACCCUAUGCAGUUUUAUGAGAAGGAAGUCAAGUUUGUUAGGGGUGUUCUCCUCUCUGGACCUCCUGGAACGGGUAAAACACUUUUUGCUCGAACACUGGCAAAAGAAGGCGGUCUGCCAUUUGUUUUUGCUUCUGGUGCGGAGUUUACAGACAGUGAAAAAAGUGGUGCUGCACGGAUUAAUCAGCUCUUUUCCGUUGCUAGGAGAAAUGCUCCUGCAUUUGUGUUCAUUGAUGAGAUUGAUGCAAUUGCUGGUAGGCAUGCAAGAAAAGAUCCACGCAGAAGUCAAACCUUUGAUGCUCUGAUUUCCCAGCUUGAUGGAGAGAAAGAGAGAACUGGUGCUGAUAGAUUCUCUCUCAGACAAGCUAUAAUAUUUAUCUGCGCUACUAACAGACCAGAUGAGCUGGACCCGGAAUUUGUUCGCCGUGGACGUAUAGACAGGCGUGUGCAUAUCGGUUUGCCUGAUGCAAAGCAAAGGCUUCAAAUUUUUGGUGUCCACAGUUCUGGGAAACAGCUUGCUGAUGAUGUUGACUUUGAGAAACUUGUCUUUCGCACCGUUGGGUAUUCCGGAGCAGACAUUAGAAACAUGGUCAAUGAAGCUGGAAUAAUGUCUAUCAGGAGAGGGCAUUCUAAGAUCUACCAGCAGGACAUGAUAGAUGUGUUGGACAAGCAGUUGCUUGAAGGAAUGGGCGUGCUUCUCACUGAGGAAGAACAGCAGAAAUGUGAACAAAAUAUCUCUUUUGAAACGAAAAGAUUGCUUGCAGUACAUGAAGCUGGGCAUAUAGUGUUGGCACACUUGUUCCCUAGAUUUGAUUGGCAUGCAUUUUCUCAGCUGCUUCCCGGAGGAAAGGAAACCGCAAUAUCAGUAUUCUACCCCAGAGAGGAAAUGAUUGACAAAGGCUACAUGACCUCUGGCUACAUGAAAAUGCAAAUGGUAGUAGCUCAUGGCGGGCGUUGUGCUGAACGUAUGGUAUUUGGUGAUGAUAUUUCUGAUGGAGGAAGCGACGAUUUGGAAAAGAUCACAAAGAUUGCUCGAGAAAUGGUCAUUAGUCCUAGCAACUCUAGGUUGGGGCUUACUGCAUUGACAAGGAAAGUAGGGCUCGCAGAUCGACCGGAUGAUCCUGAUGGUGAGAUAAUAAAAUAUAAGUGGGAUGAUCCGUAUGUGAUCCCUGUAAAUAUGACAGUUGAAGUAUCUGAGCUAUUCACUAGAGAGUUGACAAGGUACAUUGAAGAGACAGAAGAGCUUGCGAUGAAGGGAUUGAUGGCCAACCAGCAUGUGCUUGAUGUAAUUGUGAACGAGCUUCUGGAGCACUCAAGAAUUACAGGAUUGGAAGUGGAAGAGAAAAUGAAAGGGUUAUCGCCGGUGAUGUUUGAAGAUUUUAUGAAGCCUUAUCGAGUAAACUUGGAAGAGGAAGGACCGUUGCCUCAUAAUGACCGCCUGAGUUAUCAACCGCUUGAUGUCUAUCCUGCACCCCUUCACCGAUGCUAAUAACAUCAUUCACUUCUCUAAUGAAUUUUUGGCGACAAAAGCUAAUCAAGGCACUGUUUUUUCCUAUACAACAAAUAGUUUAGGUGAUUGAGCAAAGGGUAGUUUGGUUUUAGCUUUCACCUGGGUUGAGAUUGAUGUAGUUUAUUGGGUCAUUAUGCAAGAAUUCUUAUUGUUUAGAAAAAAAAACAAGACUGAAAUAAGUGUCCUGUUACUUAUAAUUGAGGUUGCUGUAUGUUUUGUAUAAUUGUAAUGAACAUUAUGUGGCUUUUGAAUGUGAAAAUAAAUAUUGUAUCUUUUG